GCGGAUGUCGACAAAGCGGUAGCAGCAGCGAAGAAAGCGUUCGCUCGCGGAUCUGAAUGGUGGAGCCUUCAACCCGCGCAAAGAUCCGCGCUUCUAAACAAGCUCGCGGAUUUGGUGGAGCGUCAUGUCCAGGAAAUCGCAAGUAUCAUGACGCUGGAGAACGGAAAGCCUUUUGCUCAUGCAGUGGGUGAAACUCAAAUGGCUGCGGACACUUCCCGGUACAAGGCAGGGUGGUGCGACAAGAUCCAAGGCCAAACUAUUCCAACAGACGAUGGAAGCUUCGUGAUGACUAGGAAGGAGCCAGUGGGAGUCGUGGGGCAAAUUACUUCCUGGAAUUUUCCGGUUUUGCUUUAUGCAAUUAAAUUGGGACCCGCUUUGGCUGCUGAAUGUCCAGUGGUUCUUAAACCAGCAGAACAGACUCCGCUGUGUAAUUUGUACCUCGCUGCGCUGACUAAAGAAGCUGGGUUUCCUCCAGGAGUUGUCAAUGUUAUUCCUGGGUUCGGUCCCACCGCGGGAGCCGCUCUGGCUGAACAUCCUGAUGUCGCUAAAAUUUCUUUCAUUGGAUCUGUUGAGGUUGGGAAAUUGAUAAUGAAGGCUUCGGGAAAUAGUAAUUUGAAGCGCGUGACUUUCGAUCUUAGCGGGAAGAGUUCUUUGGUUAUUUUUGAUGAUGUUAAUGUGGAUGAAGCGGCAAAAAUAGCUCACGAAGCAAUUUUCGCCAACUCCGGUCAAGUUUGUAUCGCAGCAUCCCGAACUUACGUCCACUCAAAAAUCUACAGCGAGUUUGUUAAAAAAUCCCGAGAAUUGGCAUGGAACAGAAAAGUAGGAGAU